AUGACGUUCGAGUCGCACUUGUUUGCAGCAGCAUUAGGCGCAAUGGUGCCUUCUCUUCUUCUUUUAUUACUAUUAGAAAAACAAUGGGAUCGAGAAUUACCACCUGAAUGUAGUGGUGCAUUAGAUCGUGUCUUUUGGUUGUUACCUGAUGCUAUUUCUCCGCAUUUAGAGUGUCUUGGCGUUUCAGGACGAGCUCUCUACAAGGAUUUCUAUGCGUUUGACUUGUUGCUUUUCCCUUUGAUUUAUUCUACGGCAUUAAUGGGAAUUCUACGUCGUCUCUGGCCUGAACGUUGCUUGGUGUGGACGUUGCCCGGGAUUGCAGCAGUCUGUGACGUUGCUGAAAAUGUGUCUAUCCUGCAGCUAUUGAAACUUUUCCCGGACCGGUGGAAGACGUUGGAGAUCGUCGUGAGUGUUCUUACGCGAACCAAGUGGGUCGUUGUACUAUCUGCCAUUGUGUUUGUGCUGGUUGGGGCUCUAAGGAUGCUGGCGUACAAGGCUUUGAAGUUGCUGACGUACAGGACUGUCAACAAGCUGAAAGCAAAGGAAGAUCGGCAUCCAAGACAAGAAAAAAGUAGUAGUCGUGUUCAUUAA